CCUUUUCCUCUCUCUCUCUUCUCGGGAAUUCCAACCCUCAAAAUUUCUGCUCCCACCUACCUGAUACCUCCUCUCUCAUACAAUAAGGAGGAAAAAUAAAUUAUAAAGCAGACACUACUACAAACAUUCAUUCUCUCAUCGUCUCUCCAAACUCUCCCCUUCCCUUUUCUCUCCUUCACUUGUCAAGGAUACAAAGAUCCCACCACCAUCGAUCGAUCAAUCAAUCAAUCAAAUCAACCCCAUGAUGUCGUCCUCCUCCAUUUUCGGGCUAGACCACCUUCAACCUGAGCAGUUGUGCUAUGUCCAUUGCAACUUCUGCAAUACUGUGCUUGCGGUGAGCGUUCCCUGCAGCAGCCUGUUCAAGAUGGUCACCGUCAGGUGCGGCCAUUGCACCAAUCUCCUCUCGGUUAACAUGAGGGCGCUCCUCCAGCCACCACCGCCACCGCCACCACCACCAAUGGCGCCUACCAAUCAUCAUUUCUUCCCUACGUCUCACAAUCUGGCCGUUGUUCGUCAUCAUGAUGAGAACCAAAUGGCAGCUGCUAUGUUUCUUGAACAUCCUAUCGCGAAGGACUCGAGUGCAUCACCUGCUAGCCGGGUGGCCAACCACACCAACAUGACGGCAACCAGAUCGACCACUGUCAAUAGGCCUCCCGAGAAAAGGCAGAGAGUGCCGUCGGCAUACAACAGGUUCAUCAAAGAAGAGAUCCAACGAAUCAAAGCGGGAAACCCAGAUAUCACCCACAGGGAAGCAUUCAGCGCUGCUGCCAAGAAUUGGGCACAUUUUCCACACAUUCACUUUGGGCUGAUGCCUGAUCAGAACAUGAAAAAGAACAGCCUACGCCAGCAGGAAGGAGAUGACCCGAUUAUCUCAGAUGGAUUCUUCAGCAGCGCUAACAUGGGUGUCACUCCUUACUAGUCUCUGUCUAUCUCUCUCUCCCCUCUCUACGUGUUGUUUAAAUUUGAAGACAUGCAGCACCAACCGUGUUUUGAGUUUUGAGUGUUUUAUGUGUAUCUUAUUAGAUCUGCCUCCUUAGUCAAUCCGAAGCUGAAAACUUUUCUCUUUUAAAAUAUUGGGCUUCGUCUUCUCCUUUCUCUGUUAAUAAAUGAGCUCCUUGCUUUAA